AGCUUCCUACAUAGUGAUUAUAAAUCAACGUAACAAAUGGUGGAUUCAGUUAUUACGACUUGUGGCAGAGUUAAUUAGGACGCCGUUGUGUGCACGAUUUGGCUGUAUUCUAUACCUACAUUAUACACAAAUAUUAAUUCCUGCAAUUUGAGAGACGAUUAAUGCUCUAUUUUGUGAUUUUGGGAGAUAUGUAAUUUUUGGAUUGAAUGUAAAAUAAUGCAAUUUGUCGAUAUUGGAAUUUAAAAAAAGGACCUGGCGCUAUUUUUUUUUAAGUGCCUACUACCUAAUAGUAACCUAAGAAUGUCCGAAGAAUGGAAAAAAUUUGUAAAAGAUCCGCGAAUAAUAUGCAAGUACGGCGAAAAAUGCUAUCAGAAAAACCCAGACCAUCAUAAGACGUAUAAGCACCCUCCUCAGCUCAAAGCAAAAGGCAACAAAGAUAAACGAACACAAAAUCGCUUUAAACCCUACAAUAAGAAAAAAAAUACAUGUAAUCAAACAACGGAUAGCAAAAAUACAAAUUCAGUUGUAAAUACUCCACAUAAUGAAGAAAGUGAUGAUGAUGUUCCAGAAACAACAAUAACAGUUCAUAAACCUGAUGAUAUUAUUGAGAAUUUAAUUGAAAUAGAUGCAAGUGUUGGGUAUUUUAAUAAAGAAACUGAUAAUGCAGUUUACAAAGAAUGUUUCAAAGUGGAAAUGCCAGCAGAUUUCUUCAAAUUUUUUGAAUGUUUGAAUGAAGAAUCAUCUUCUGUUGAGCACUUAAUGGCUAGUGUAAAUUUAGAAAUGAUAGGACCUUUUGAUUUGUUGUUAGGAAAGUUGCCUAAGCUUGACAAUAAAGAUCUAUAUUUGGUGCAUUGGCGGUUUUUCUAUGAUGUUCCUGAAUUUCAGGCUGUCCUUAAAAAGAAAGGAAAAAGUGAAUUACAUAUUGGUUAUUACAGGGAUGACCCAAAGGAAAAACCUGUUUUUUUAGCAAAAAAUGAUAGUUCUAAAGAUUAUACUAUAACUCCAGUUGCUGAAAACAUUUUCAGUGCUGUUUAUUGGUUUUUACAAAAUGAAAAGAAGUCUUCACCCUUCAUAUCAGUGGCAUGUCAAAAAUUAUCUGAAAAAGUGAAAAAAUGGGCUGAGAGCAACAAUUAUUCCAUAGGAGAGUAUGACAAAAAGAAAAGACUAAAAGAAAUAGUUUGUAAAACAUUUCAUGGAGCUGGUAUUGUUGUGCCUUAUGAAAAGAAAACUCAACUCGGUUAUAGGAAAUUAGUUGAAACUGAUGUGAACAUAAAGAAACUGUUUAAAAAACUUGAAGAUGCAUCAACAGAAUCUGAGAGAAGUCAAAUUUUAUCUGACCUUCAGCCCGUAAUAACAUAUUCCAGUAUAGCUGUUGAUGAAUGUGACUUUGGAACAGGCCUUGAAGCGGGAAUAGCCUUGUUUUGUUCAGGACAUAAAGAGUUUAAUAAUAGUGCCCUAACUCUGCUAAAUACUACAUACUCAUUGUUGAAAAGGGAUGAAUUUGGGGAAAUAAUUCAGAUGCAUAUGAAGUAUCGACGUAAGGGCCCUCAUAUGGCCUUAUGGGGGCAAAAAAUGUAAAAAUUGUAUUAUUUUAGUUUAUUCAAUUAUAUUUAAUUUAAAAAGGAAACUCAAGAACAUUUAAUGCUUAAAGAGAAUAGGACAAGUUUUAAUCACUCAAAGAGAUUAAAAGCAGAAUUUUAAUAAUAAUUUUGUAUGAAUGGAAAUGUAAUAGUUUGACUGUGUUACAUAUGGACAGGUAUUUAUUUCUAUCUAAUAUUUAAAGGGUUGUGACAGUCUACAAAUUCAUGUUUAUGGCCUGCGCAGACGAGGGAUUUUAGUCCGCGGAUUUUUUUGUCCGCUAAAAUAGAUCACUUACAACUGUAUCAUAAAACACAAAAGAGGCAUUAAAAGUAUCGCUUACAAAAAGACCCCCGAAUAAGCGCGGACAGGCGACAGCGGAACGGACUAAAGUAUGGAGUCCCCGAAAACAAUAGAACACGUGUGACUAGUCACUAGGCGAAGCAACGCACACGGCGGACAUAAGUCCGCAUUGUAACCUGUCAAUAUUCGCUUCCAUAGCGUGCUUUUCUGUACACGCCGUGUGCGUUGAGUUCGCGGUAAAUCCGCGGCGGAGUUAUUGUUCGCGUAGUGUACUUUUUUAUCCGCAAUGAAGAAAAUACCGUCGUCUGCGCAGGCCAUUAAUUAACCGACUUCAAAAAAAAGGAGGAGGUUAUCAAUUCGGCCGGUAUGUUUUUUUUUAUGUAUACAGGGUUACUUGUAAAACACCAGCAACCUCGCAGG